AUGGGAAACUGUCAGGCUAUUGAUGCUGCAGCUCUGGUGGUACAGCAUCCAAGUGGGAAGAUAGAGAGGAUGUAUUGGCCCAUCAGUGCAAGCGAGGUGAUGAGAUUGAACCCUGGUCACUAUGUUUCUUUGAUCAUUCCAUUGCCGGUUUCUGAUCAACAUCAGGAAGAGGUAGAGAGCCAGGAGCACAACAAGACUGUGCGUUUCACUCGUGUUAAGCUUCUUAGACCCAACGAAACUCUUGCUCUUGGCCACGCCUAUCGGCUGGUCACAACUCAAGAGGUUGUGAAGGUGCUGAGGGCAAAGAAGUAUGCAAAAACAAAGAAGCAGCAGCUGGAAACACUUGAGAAGUUGCAAGCAGGGCAAGAGAAACAGAGUUCAGGUUGUGAUGAGGCAGAAGAAGGGAAGUCUGAGGAGGAGAAUAUCAACCAUGCAACAAAACGUGAAAGGCACCGACCAAGGACGGCGAAUGCUGCUGCUGCUGCUGCUGCACUGAGGUCAAAGUCUUGGCGCCCCUCAUUGCAGAGCAUCUCUGAGGGUGUGAGCUGA